GUAUCAAAGGUGAUUUGUAGGAGCCAUGGCCCGUACCAAGCAGACAGCCUAUAAAUCUACUGGAGGCAAAGCCCCACGUAAGCAGCUGGCCACCAAAGCUGCCCGCAAGAGCGCCCCUUCUAUUGGUGGGGUCAAGAAGCCCCAUCGCUACAGGCCAGGUACGGUGGCCCUGCAAGAGAUCCGUCAGUACCAGAAGUCCACUGAGCUGCUGAUCCGCAAACUGCCCUUCCAGCACUUGGUGAGAAAAAUUGCUCCGGACUUCAAGACUGACCUGCGUUUCCAGAGUGCAGCAAUUGGAGCCCUGCAGGAGCCCAGCGAGGUAUGCCUUGUUGGUUUGUUUGAGGACACCAACUUGUGCACCAUCCAUGCCAAGCGUGUCACCAUCAUGACCAAAGACAUCCAGCUGGCCCAUCGUAUCCGUGGGGAGCGUGCUUAGAUGCCUCUCUAAUUUACGUGUCGCAGGCUGUCUUUCCCUCCCUUCCCACUUUUCCUCUUAAGUAGCUUGAUUUGAGCAAUGAUGUGUUAAAAGUAGUGUGCAGUCUUGUCCCCCUUAGUUCUCUUAGCAGAAGACUUUUAGGGUACUUUGUAUCAUGUAUCUGUUUUGAAGCUGAUUGGAGUCACAUCUUUAAUGUGUGUGCAAAUCGGCACAGCAAAGGGUGAAUGCAUGAAGCAUCAUGGGCAAGCAUUUUCUCCUAUUGACAAUGCUAUUACAUUAUUAUAACAGGCUUUUCUAAUUGAUAGACAUGCAUUUUUUUUUUACAUGUACCCUUUCAUUAGUUUUUUUA